CAGACUUUGGACUUUUUCUGGCUGACGAGGACCCAAAGAAAGGAGUAUGGCUGGAGCAAGGUCGCAGCUUGGAGUACUACCUGCUGCGGAAUGGGGAUCUGCUGGAGUACAAGAAGAAGCAGCGUAUCCUGAAGGUGCGGACGCUGGACGGGGCUCUGAAGACCCUGCAGGUGGAUGACAGCCACACCGUGGGGCAGCUCAUGAUCACCAUCUGCACCAGGAUGGGUAUCACCAACCACGAGGAGUACUCCCUGGUGCGGGACCUGCCUGACGACGAGAAGGAGAAGACGCUGACGCUGAAGAGAGACAAGUCCAUCGCUAAGGACCAGAAGAAACUGGAGGAGAUGAAGAAGAAACUCCACACCGAUGAUGAAAUGAACUGGCUAGACCACAGUAAGACACUGAGGGAGCAGGGCAUCGACCCAAACGAGAUACUGCUGCUGAGGAGGAAGUUCUUCUUCUCUGAUCAGAACGUCGACGCCCGUGACCCCGUCCAACUUAACCUCCUCUAUGUCCAGUCCCGUGACGCCCUGCUGAACGGCACCCACCCCGUGAGUCAGGAAGAAGCUAUACAGUUUGCAGGCUUGCAGUGUCAGAUACAGUUCGGGGACCACGUCGACUCCAAACACAGACCGGGCUUCCUCGACUUGAAAGAAUUCCUGCCGAAAGAAUACAUGAAAAUCAAAGGAGUUGAAAAGAAGAUUUACAUUGAACACAAGAAGUGGGCCAGCAUGUCGGAGAUUGAGUCAAAGGUCAAGUACACCCACUUGUGUCGCUCCCUCAAGACCUACGGCAUCACCUUCUUCCUUGUCAAGGAGAAGAUGAGGGGGAAGAACAAGCUGGUACCGAGGCUGCUUGGCAUCACCAAGGACAGCGUGGUGCGUGUGGACGAGAAGACCAAGGAGAUCAUGAAGACCUGGCCUCUGACCACCGUGAGGAGAUGGGCAGCCUCCCCCAACAGCUUCACCCUGGACUUCGGAGACUACUCAGACACGUACUACUCCGUGCAGACGACGGAGGGGGAGCAGAUCUCACAGCUCAUAGCUGGCUACAUCGACAUCAUCCUCAGGAAGAAAAAGGCAAAGGACCACCUCGGUCUGGAUGGAGAUGAAAACUCCAUGAUGAUGGAGGACAACGUACUGCCGGCCAAGGCGACCAUCAUCCAGCACCAGUCCUCCAACGUGUCCCACCCCCAGUCUGGGUCGGUGGCGAUCCCCGCGGUGCUGCGUGACGGGGGGCAGGGGGAGUCCAUGUUCGGGAUGGGCAGCAUGCAGCAGGUGCAGUCCACACACGUGACAAACCUCGCGCACGCUGGACACGCCGCCCCUCAUGGUCAGAACGCCCAGCAGCACGGCCUCAACCAGUCCCAGAAGGCCCUGUUGACCACCAUCGAGGAGGGACUGUCCUCCGUCAACAUGGCCAGGACAGAUCUACAACAGAGGGCACAGGUCCCCAAGCUCGGAUCAGACGCGGCCUCCAAGAAGUGGCGUGAGAACCAGCUGGACCUCAACAGACAGAAGGUGGGCUCCCAGCUGUCCGCCAUGAACGCCGCCACGGCGCAGCUCGUCACGCUCACCUCCGGCAAGGAGGACGAGAUCGACUACAACGCUGUCGGCUCAGCCGUCCAUCAAAUUUCGUCCAACCUGGGUCAGUUCAGCCGGGAUGUGAAGAUGGUGGCUGCCCUACAGGAAGAGAACAAUGACAAACUGCUGGACGCUGCCCGACGCCUCGCCGGCGCCUUCUCUGACCUCCUCAAUGCUGCAACGCCCGCCAAUGUGGAGCCGCGCCAGAACCUGCUAGCAGCUGCCAGCAAGAUUGGGGAGGCCAGCCAGGAGGUCAUGGAUGAGGUCGGCGAGACCACUGAGGACCUGGACAGAGUCUUCCAGGACACGCUCCUGUCACUGGCUAAGGCAGUGGCUAAUGCCACGGCGGCGCUGGUGCUGAAGGCAAAGAACGUGGCCUCCAAGACUGAGGACCAGGGUCUGCAGAACAGGGUCAUCAGCUCCGCCACCCAGUGCGCCCUCGCCACGUCCCAGCUGGUGGCCUGCACCAAGGUUGUGGCGCCCACCAUCGGGAACCCAGCCUGCCAGGAACAGCUGAUCGAGGCCGCCAAGCUCGUCGCCAAGUCUGUGGAGGGCAUCGUGGAGGCAGCACAGUCUGCAUGUAAGGACGACCACCUGCUGCAGGAUCUGGGCGGCGCCGCCACGGCCGUCACCAAGGCCCUCAAUGACCUCCUGCAACAUAUCAAGAAGGCCGCUGUGCCUGUCAGGGCCAGUGAGCAGCAUGAGGAGGCGGUGGACCAGAUCAUCACCGUCACAGACAACCUGUUCAGCAGUGUGGGCGACGCCCAUGAGAUGGUCAAGCAGGCCCGACACCUGGCCCAGGCCACGUCCCAGCUGGUCAGUGCCAUCAGGAACCAGGCUGAGACCAACACCGACUCCGACGUACAGAAGCGUCUCCUAGCAGCAGCUAAACAACUUGCUGACGCUACAGCCAAACUGGUGGAGGCGGCCAAGGGCUGUGCCUCCAAUCCCAAUGACUCCGACCAGCAGCAGAUUCUCCGGUCCGCGGCAGAGGAGUUGCGCUCCGCCACCAACGCAGCUGCCAGCAACCAGCUGAAGAGGAAGCUGAUCAACAGGCUGGAGAAUGCCGCCAACCAUGCUGCUGCUGCCGCCACCCAGCUCAUCAACUCCUCCUCCCUCGCCAACAAGACGAACCGUAACGCCACCACGGAGGCCCAGCUCCGACAGCAGUGUGAGGCUGUGAAUGAGGAGAUACCCCCCCUGGUACACGCUAUCCGGGCCUCCCAGCGCAGUCAGGACAGCGCCACCGCGCAGCUGUCUCUCAUCAACGCCAGCCAGGACUUCAUACAGCCGGCCAGCAGGAUGGUGGCUGCCGCUAACGCCGCCGCUCCAACAGUGACGGACCAGGCUGCAGUCCUCAAUCUCCACAACAGCGUCAAGGCCAUGACAUCAGCACUCGCAGAACUCAGGACAGCCUCAUCGAAGGCCCAGGAGGCGUGUGGCACACUGGAGGUGGAGUCCGCCCUGGACCAGGUGCAUGGACUCAACUACCAGCUGGACGAGAUCAAGAAGGCAACAAACGAAGGACGCCUCGUCCCCCUGCCUGGAGAGACGGCUCAGUCAGCUGCUCUCCAGCUGGGAACUACGUCCAAGACGGUCGGCUCCUCUAUGGCACAGCUGCUCACAGCUGCAGCUCAGGGUAAUGAAGACUAUGUUGGUAUCGCUGCUCGGGAUACGGCCAACGCAUUGCGGGUGUUGACGUCAGCAGUGCGCGGUGUUGCUGCAACCACCACGGACAGGCAGGUCCAGCACGCCAUCAUCGAGUGUGCCCAGGACAUCAUGGACAAGUCUGUCAUCCUUCUGGAGGAGGCCAAGCGGGUGAUGCGGGACCCCAGCAACCCCGAGAACAUACAGAGGCUCAACCAGGUAUCCAAGAGUGUGUCGAACGCCCUCAACAACUGUGUGAACUGCCUGCCAGGUCAGAGAGACGUGGACGCCGCCCUCAGACACAUCACCGCCUCCAGCCAGACUCUCUCCUCCCCUCGGUUCCCCGGGACGGGCAAGUCGUACCAAGAUGUUCAGGUCGACAUGAACAACGCAGCAGUAGGCUUGAACCAGGCGGCCAGCAACAUUGUGACGUCGUCCCGCGGCACCCCCCAGCAGCUGGCCAUGUCCUCCUCCCAGUACGGACACUCCUACCAGGAGUUCGUGGACACCGGACUCACCAUGGCCGGACUCUCCAAGGACGUGGAGACACAGAACCAGAUCGUGGGUGGCCUCAAGAGCGUGUCCAUGGUGUCCAGUAAGCUACUGCUGGCAGCCAAGUCCGUCUCGGCCGACCCUAAUGCCCCCAACGCCAAGAACCUCCUGGCCCAGGCUGCAAGGGCGGUGACAGAGAGCAUCAACCACCUCAUCAACAUCUGCACCGUGUCCGCCCCCGGACAGAAGGAGUGCGACAACGCCCUGCGCCAGAUAGAGAUGAUGCACAAUCUCCUUGACAACGCCAACGAGCCAAUCAGUGAUGCCCCGUAUUUCGAGUGCCUUGAUGGAGUUAUGGACAAAUCAAAGCCAACGGGGGGUCACCUGGAGAGUCUGGGAGAAGCCAUGACAGGAAUCUCCCAGCAUGCCAAGAGAGGAGACAUUGAUGAGUUCUGUGACUCUGUGAGGAAUUUCGCCAACUCCGUGUGUGGACUGACAGAAGCCUCUGGGCAGGCUGCCUACCUGGUAGGUAUCGCGGACCCUGCCUCGGAACCCGGCCGGCCCGGCGUUGUGGAUCAGUCCCAGUUCUCCCGGGCCAACCAGGCCAUUCAGAUGGCCUGUCAGAACCUCACCAACCCUGCCAGCUCACAACAGCAGUACUACGAGUCAUGGGCUGUAAGAUCUAUGGCUGUUGUGCGCCUCCCAUCCCGAGAGCAGGUGCUGUCUGCCGCCACGGUCGUCGCCAAGCACACGUCCGCGCUGUGUAACGCCUGCAGACUGGCCUCCUCCAAGACAACCAACCCUGUUGCCAAGAGACAUUUUGUACAGAGUGCCAAGGACGUGGCUAACAGCACUGCCAUGCUAGUCAAGGCCAUCAAGGCCCUGGACAGUGACUUCACAGACCACAACCGGCAGCAGUGUGCAGAAGCAUCUCGGCCUCUCAUCAAUGCAGUGGAGGAACUCACCACCUUCGCCUCAUCACCGGAGUUCGCCAGUAAACCCGCCAAGAUCAGCCACCAGGCACGGCGUGCCCAGGAGCCCAUCACGAUGUCGGGCAAGGCGAUGAUCGAUGGGGCGUGUCAUAUGCUGCAGGCCGCCAAGCAGCUGGCCAUCAACCCCCGCGACCCCCCCACAUAUCAGCUGUACUCCAACCACUCCAAGAGCGUGUCCGACGCCAUCAAGAGACUCGUAUCAGCCAUCAAGGACACUGCCCCAGGUCAGAAGGAAUGUGACACUGCCAUCGACAAGCUGAACCACACAAUCCGCGACCUGGACCAGGCCUCCCUGGCGGCCAUCAGCCAGAACCUGGGCCAGCGCAAUGACAAGACUCUCAAGUCCUUCCAGGAGCAGAUGAUCAACAGCGGCCGCGAGAUCCUGGACACCAUCGAGGCCAUCCAGCGGGCAGCCAAGUGCAAGCCAGAGAACCUGGGACACCUGAUCAACACCAUGUCCUCCUACUUCGAGCCUCUCUCUGACGGGGCUAUCGGGACAGCCUCCAAGAACCUCAACUCCAAGCAACAGAUGAACGUCCUCGACCUGUCCAAGACAGUUGCGGAGUCAGCUCUUCAGUUCCUCUACGCUUGUAAGGAGAGCGGUGGAAACCCCAAGGCGAUGCAGGCUCACGGCAACGUGGACGGAGCGGCGGAGGACAUGAAGGACGUCCUCCAGGACCUGCUGCAGACCAUCGAGGAGGCCGCCUCCCAGUCUGGCGCCGUCAGCAGCAUGAUCGACAGCAUCAGCAAGUCCAUGGCACGGACUGACGAGAUUAUCGCCACGGAGGGAACAUCGUUUGUGGACUACCAGACCAACAUGGUGCGCCUUAGUAAACAGAUUGCCCGGUCAGCACAGGACAUGAUCGGCAAGUCCACCACCAACGUGCAGGACCUGGGGCAGCUGGCCAACCUGUUGACCCGGGACUACAGCCAACUCUCCAACAACUCCCGCGGAGCCGCCGCCGCCACCAACAACCUCGAAAUCGGCAACCGGAUCCGGACGGCUGUGCAGGACCUGGGCCGGAGCUGUGUGGAGGUGGUGCAGGAUGCUGGCAACCUCCAGGCCAACCCCACCGACUCCUACGCCAGGAAGGACCUGUCAGAACACGCCAAGAGCAUCUCAGAGAAGGUCUCCUUCGUCCUGGCAUCCCUCCAGGCCGGGUCACGUGGCACACAGGCCUGCAUCAACGCAGCGAGCACCGUCAGCGGCAUCAUCGGCGACUUGGACACCACCAUCAUGUUUGCUACAGCCGGAACCCUCAAUGCUGAUGGCUCUGAAUCCUUUGCUGAUCACAGGGAGAGCAUCCUGAAGACAGCCAAGGCCCUGGUUGAGGAUACUAAGACUCUGGUUGCCGGGGCAGCAUCCAAUCAGGAACAGCUUGCGGCAGCUGCUCAGACAGCUGUGAAGACCAUCACGAGACUCGCUGAUGUGGUUAAGCUGGGGGCGGGAUCGCUGGGGUCUGAACAGCCAGAAGCACAGGUCCUCCUGAUCAACGCCGUCAAGGAUGUCGCCUCCGCUCUGUCCGACCUCAUCAGCGCGACCAAGAACGCCUCGGGGAAGAGUGUCAACGACCCCGCCAUGCUACACCUGAAAGACUCGGCCAAGAGGUCAAGAGUAAUUGACUCUGCCGAUGUCAGGUUUUUACGUUCUUUGUUCGCAUGAAGUGCGUGUGCGUCGUAGCCGCCUGUCCGAGAAACGGUCGGCCGGCUAUUGCACUUCAGUGUCUGUUGUGUGGGAUAGACCUGUCUUUGUUGUGUAUGCUUACCUGGUUCCAUCAUCUAGAUCAGAAUCAUUAACAUCAUUACAUUUGUUGAUAACCAAUACCAAAGAAUAUUCAAAAGUGCCUUGAAACUUUGUUAAAUGAUUAACUGCACUUGUUUGCCAGUUCAGCACCUGUAGAGUAACCUCCCCUUAGAAUCGAACAUUAGAGUUACCCCCCUUUAUGAAUGGUUGUCGUCCUUCAUAUUAGUGAACAUCAUGCCUGAUUGGCUGAAAUCAUUGAUGCUGCCUUUUCAUUGGUUGUUAAUAUGCACUGGAGCUGAGGAUUGCAUGGUGUUAGAGCACAUAGUCAGACAUAACAGCUCGCCUAGAGAUUCCGUAGCCAUGUAACAGAACUGCCCUGUUUAACAGAGGGCAAUCACAGUCAUACUAUACUCCAGCAACUGAAACGUUUAAGCAGAGUUUUAACAAAGUGGGCUUUGGAAAAGUCAGAUUUUAAGAAGUGUAUUCUGAGCCUCUUUUUGAGGUGGGAUCCAGAAAUUGGUUGGGGAACUUCCGUCACAUUAAGUAGUUAUACCCAAGAAGCAAGAAAAUAUUUAUGAACUUCAUUGAAAUAUGUAUCUGUUUUUUAUUUUCAAAAUAUUUUGUAGUCCAUUUUUUAUUUUUUUAAAUAAAUUAGAAUUACCGACAGAUUGACUGGAUAGAAACAUUUCAGUUUCAACAUAGAGCAUGAGGUACGUAAGCCUUUGUUGGUGUUUGCAUGAUUUGUGCUGAGUUUAUUUCAAAAAUAAUCCAAAAAUAUUUUUAUUGUAUAUGAUUAUCAACCACUCAAGAAUGUAAGUGUUAAAGUUUGGUUAUUUUUGUCCAUAUUUAAAAUAUUGAUAUUCCUACCUGUGUUCAGUAAACUUGUGGUUGUGUACUAUAUACUUGGAGCUGAAUGUCUCAGAUAACGUAUAUAGCUGUAUACAGAAUAUCAUACAUAUCAUUUGUGUAGAGACAUGUCAUGUUAUAUUUGCCUGUGACAUUUUCGUUUAGAAAUAACAUUCAUCGCAGUGUGAAAGUACUUUUUUUCCCAAAAUAUUUGUCAAUUAAGCCACAAAUUACCUAAAAUAUGUCUCUAAUUGAUGUCCCACUUAAAACCAUUCUUGAACUAAAUUUCAUCUUUGUGUUGUUUGUUAAAUACCGAGGUGUAAGUCAGUAUAUUUGAUAUAAAAGUUUGUAAGCAGUUGUUCAUUUUUAGCCUAUUUUUCUGACUAUUGAGCUAAGUAUUAUUUGUGUAUUGUCAUGUAGAAAUAAAUAAACACUGUCCGUGCUU